UGAACGGGUUGGUACCGGGCAGCAAUGGACAAGACAAAGCCACUGCCGACCCUUUACGUGCACGCUCUAUUUCUGCUGUUAAAAUAAUUCCUGUGAAGACAGUGGAAAACCCUGCAGGCCUAGUACUCCGGACAGACAUGGAUCCCACAAAAUUCUGCACUGGGAAAGGAGCGGUGACUCUCCGGGCCUCUUCCUACAGAGAAAUCCCAAGCAGCAGUCCUGUGAGCCCUCAGGAAACCCCACCCUCUGAAAGCAAACCAGAUGAGUGGAAGCUUUCUUCCAAUGCUGAUGCCAAUGGAAACGCCCAGACCUCUUCCCUCGCUGCCAAGGGCUACAGAAGUGUGCACCCCAACCUUUCUUCCGACAAGUCCCAGGGUUCAAGUCCUCUCCUAAAUGAAGUUUCUUCCUCCCGCACUGGGACGGAUGCCCAGACCCUCACACCAGUCAGCAAGCCAUCAUCGGCUUACCCCUCCACGACAAUCGUCAACCCUACCAUUGUGCUCUUGCAACACAAUCGAGAACAGCAGAAACGACUCAGUAGCCUUUCAGAUUCUGUCUCAGAAAGAAGGGUGGAGGAGCAGGACUUAGCACCAACCCAGGAGAAACUCUCACCAAGCAAAACUACAGAAAGGAAAGCCAAGGACAGCAGGCGUAUAGUGAAGAGUGCUCAGGACCUGAGCGAUGUGUCGAUGGAUGAAGUGGGCAUCCCACUCCGGAAUACCGAGAGAUCAAAAGACUGGUACAAGACUAUGUUUAAACAGAUCCACAAACUAAACAGAGACACUCCUGAAGAAAACCCUUAUUUCCCUACGUACAAAUUCCCUGAACUUCUUGAAAUCCAGCAAAAUUCUGAAGAGGACACUCCUUACACUCCUACCUACCAGUUUCCUGCUUCUACUCCUAGUCCUAAAUCGGAAGAUGAUGAUUCAGAUCUGUACUCUCCUCGAUACUCCUUUUCUGAUGACACAAAGUCUCCCAUUUCCGUGCCUCGGUCAAAAAGUGAGACGAGCUACAUAGAUGGUGAGAAGGUAGUUAAGAGGUCGGCUACCCUACCGCUCCCAGCCCGCUCUUCCUUCCUAAAGUCAAGCUCAGAAAGAAACGACUGGGAGCCCCCAGAUAAGAAAGUGGACACAAGGAAAUACCGUGCAGAGCCCAAAAGCAUUUACGAGUAUCAGCCGGGCAAGUCCUCCGUUCUGACCAACGAAAAGAUGAGUCGGGAUAUAAGCCCAGAAGAGAUAGAUUUAAAGAAUGAACCUUGGUAUAAAUUCUUUUCGGAAUUGGAGUUUGGGAAACCGAGCUCAACAGUCAGCCCCACUCCGGAAAUGUCCUCAGAGCCUCCUGGAUAUAUAUACUCUUCCAACUUCCAUGCAGUCAAGAGGGAAUCCGAUGGGGGCCCCGGGGACCCUGCUAGCUUGGAGAACGAGAGACAGAUUUACAAAAGUGUCCUGGAAGGUGGCGACAUCCCCCUGCAGGGCCUGAGUGGGCUCAAGCGGCCAUCCAGUUCAGCGUCCACUAAAGAUUCAGAAUCACCAAGACAUUUCAUACCAGCUGACUACUUGGAAUCCACAGAAGAAUUUAUUCGGAGACGUCAUGAUGAUAAAGAGAAACUUUUAGCGGACCAGAGACGACUUAAGCGCGAGCAAGAAGAGGCCGAUAUUGCUGCUCGCCGCCACACGGGCGUCAUUCCGACACACCAUCAGUUUAUCACUAACGAGCGCUUUGGGGACCUCCUCAAUAUAGACGAUACCGCAAAAAGGAAAUCUGGGUCAGAGAUGAGACCUGCUAGAGCCAAAUUUGACUUUAAAGCUCAAACACUAAAGGAGCUUCCUCUACAGAAGGGAGAUAUUGUUUACAUUUAUAAGCAGAUUGACCAGAACUGGUAUGAGGGCGAGCACCACGGCCGAGUGGGCAUCUUCCCACGCACCUACAUCGAGCUUCUCCCUCCUGCUGAGAAGGCUCAGCCCAAAAAGAUGACACCAGUGCAGAUUUUAGAAUACGGCGAAGCUGUUGCAAAGUUUAACUUUAAUGGUGACACGCAAGUGGAAAUGUCCUUCAGGAAGGGAGAGAGGAUCACGCUGCUUCGACAGGUGGAUGAGAACUGGUAUGAAGGGAGGAUCCCAGGAACGUCCCGACAAGGCAUCUUCCCCAUCACCUACGUGGACGUGAUCAAACGGCCGCUGGUGAAAACCCCCGUGGACUACAUUGACCUGCCUUACUCCUCCUCCCCAAGUCGUAGUGCCACUGCAAGCCCACAGCAACCUCAAGCCCAGCAGCGAAGAGUCACCCCAGACAGGAGUCAAACCUCACAAGAUGUAUUUAGCUACCAAGCGUUAUAUAGCUAUAUACCACAGAACGAUGAUGAGUUGGAACUCCGAGAUGGAGAUAUCGUUGAUGUCAUGGAAAAAUGUGAUGAUGGAUGGUUUGUUGGUACGUCAAGAAGGACAAGGCAGUUUGGUACUUUUCCAGGCAACUAUGUAAAGCCUUUGUAUCUAUAAGAAGACUGAAAACUGCAGAGAUUGUUUUCUAUUGAAGGAUGGAAUGUAAUUCCUGAACCAGGCUCUUCCUUUCUACAUUGAGUCAAUAGGAUGAUUAAUGCAGUGGAUACAGUAAGAAGCAGAAGAGAGGGACCGAGAAGUGCUGUGUUUAAACCCAAGCCUGCCUAAACUGUGCAUCAGGCAGGGCUGAACCUUGUGCUGUGCAAAAAGGAAUGAGGCAACGCCAUAUUUACUUAGCUGCUGCUGGAGCCACUCCAACUUUCCCCUCCCCUCCACCUCUUGGGUAAUCUGACCCAGAGCAGAGUCUGGGAGAAGAGUUGCGCCAG